CAGGCAGGGCGGGAGGGGGAGCGGUGAGCAGUGAACCUGCAGAGACAGUCACGAGAAGGCGGCAGGCGACUCGGAAGAGCAGAAGAAAACGCAGCCCGGCCCUAGCGCCAUCGUCGGGAGCUGUCCCCGAUGCCAGCCUCCGAGGAUCCAGGCGUGAGCGCCAGGACCCAGUGACCCGCAGCGGGAGGGCUUUUCCAUUUAUUCCUGAGGUCCCUCCUGCAACUAAAAACCACUGCGCAGGACCACCAAGAUGGCAGGAGCAUCUGUAAAGGUGGCAGUGAGAGUACGCCCCUUUAACUCUCGAGAAAUGAGCCGUGACUCGAAAUGCAUCAUCCAGAUGACAGGAAGCACCACAACUAUUGUCAAUCCCAAACAGCCCAAGGAGACACCCAAAAGCUUCAGCUUUGACUACUCCUACUGGUCACAUACCACGCCUGAAGACAUCAACUAUGCAUCACAGAAACAAGUAUACCAAGACAUUGGAGAAGAAAUGCUACAACAUGCCUUUGAAGGCUACAAUGUCUGCAUCUUUGCCUAUGGGCAAACUGGUGCUGGGAAAUCCUAUACCAUGAUGGGGAAGCAGGAGAAAGACCAGCAGGGCAUCAUCCCCCAGCUCUGUGAAGACCUCUUCUCCCGAAUCAAUGACACAACAAAUGACAACAUGUCCUACUCAGUCGAGGUCAGCUACAUGGAGAUUUACUGUGAGCGAGUCCGGGAUCUCUUGAACCCAAAAAACAAGGGCAACCUUCGAGUGAGGGAGCACCCCCUCAUGGGCCCGUAUGUGGAAGACCUCUCCAAGCUGGCCGUCACCUCCUACAACGACAUCCAAGAUCUAAUGGACUCAGGAAACAAAGCCAGGACGGUGGCUGCCACUAACAUGAACGAGACCAGCAGCCGGUCCCACGCUGUCUUUAACAUCAUCUUCACGCAGAAACGCCAUGAUGCUGAGACUGACAUCACCACAGAAAAAGUGAGCAAGAUCAGCCUUGUUGACCUGGCAGGGAGUGAGCGAGCUGACUCCACAGGAGCCAAGGGCACGCGCCUCAAGGAAGGCGCAAAUAUCAACAAGUCCUUGACCACACUGGGAAAAGUCAUCUCUGCUCUAGCUGAAAUGGAUUCUGGACCCAACAAGAAUAAAAAGAAGAAAAAGACAGACUUCAUCCCCUACAGAGACUCAGUGCUGACCUGGCUCCUCCGGGAAAAUUUGGGCGGUAAUUCCAGGACUGCCAUGGUGGCAGCUCUGAGUCCUGCAGACAUCAACUAUGAUGAGACCCUCAGCACCUUGAGAUAUGCUGACCGGGCCAAACAGAUCCGCUGCAAUGCCGUCAUAAAUGAGGACCCCAACAACAAGCUAAUCCGGGAGCUGAAGGAUGAGGUGGCUCGCCUGAGAGACCUCCUGUAUGCCCAGGGGCUUGGGGACAUCAUUGACACCAACACUGUGCCGGGAGGACCUAAAUACAUGUCCGACUUUGAGAACAAUAAUGGUAACCCUGGCGUGGCAGAAUUGAGUCAACGCCCUGACAAUCUCUCCACAGUGACCAAUGCCUUGGUGGGUAUGAGCCCCUCAUCCUCCCUGUCGGCCUUAUCCAGCCGAGCGGCCUCGGUGUCCAGCCUCCAUGAGCGGAUGCUGUUUGCUCCAGGCAGUGAAGAAGCCAUCGAGAGACUGAAGGAGACUGAAAAGAUCAUCGCUGAACUGAAUGAGACCUGGGAAGAGAAGCUACGCAGGACAGAAGCCAUCCGGAUGGAGAGGGAGGCUUUGCUGGCUGAAAUGGGUGUGGCCAUGAGGGAAGAUGGUGGCACCCUAGGUGUGUUCUCUCCCAAAAAGACUCCUCAUCUUGUCAACCUGAAUGAAGACCCUCUGAUGUCUGAGUGUCUUUUGUACUACAUUAAAGAUGGAAUAACCAGAGUUGGCCGGGAGGAUGGAGAGAGGAGACAAGAUAUUGUCUUGAGCGGGCACUUCAUAAAGGAAGAGCACUGCAUUUUCCGGAGUGACACCAGAGCUGGCAAUGAAGCAGUGGUGACCCUGGAACCCUGCGAGGGGGCAGACACCUAUGUCAAUGGCAAAAAAGUGACAGAACCAAGCAUUCUCCGAUCUGGAAACCGCAUUAUCAUGGGGAAGAGUCACGUAUUCCGAUUCAACCAUCCUGAGCAGGCUCGACAAGAACGCGAACGGACUCCGUGUGCAGAGACACCUGCAGAGCCAGUGGACUGGGCCUUUGCCCAGCGUGAGCUACUUGAAAAACAAGGCAUUGACAUGAAACAGGAAAUGGAACAGAGACUCCAGGAACUUGAGGACCAAUAUCGGAAGGAGAGAGAAGAAGCCAACUAUCUCCUGGAACAGCAGAGACUGGACUAUGAGAGUAAGCUCGAGGCUUUGCAGAAGCAGAUGGAUUCCAGGUAUUACCCAGAGGUCAACGAAGAAGAGGAAGAACCUGAAGAUGAAGUCCAGUGGACAGAGAGGGAAUUUGAACUAGCACUUUGGGCCUUCAGGAAGUGGAAGUGGUACCAGUUCACAUCCUUGAGAGACCUCUUGUGGGGCAAUGCCAUUUUCCUCAAAGAAGCCAAUGCCAUUAGCGUGGAGCUAAAGAAAAAGGUCCAAUUCCAAUUUGUUCUCCUUACGGACACUCUCUACUCUCCCCUACCUCCGGACCUGCUUCCCCCAGAUGCUGCCAAAGAAAGAGAAAAACGGCCCUUCCCACGGACCAUUGUGGCCGUUGAGGUCCAGGACCAGAAGAACGGUGCUACACAUUACUGGACACUGGAGAAACUCAGGCAGAGACUUGACUUGAUGCGUGAGAUGUAUGACCGGGCUGCUGAGGUACCUUCCAGUGUCAUUGAAGACUGUGAUAAUGUGGUGACCGGUGGGGACCCUUUCUAUGACCGAUUCCCUUGGUUCCGGCUGGUUGGCAGCUCAGAUGUCUCUGGCUGCAACAGCUCUCCUCUUUUCAACACAUGCAUGAGCGAGCGCAUGGCUGAUCUCACCCCCUCCCCCACCUUCUCGAACCCCGACUCCGACAUCACCGAGCCUGCUGACGAGCAGCACGUGGGGAAGGAGGAGGAGGAGGAGGAGGAGGAGGAGGAGGAGGAGGAGGAGGAGGAGGAGGAGGACUUCGAGGAGGACACCUUUCCAGAGUGCUCGCUGUGCGAUGGUGGCCGGGAUCCAUUUUACGACCGCUCCCCCCUGUUCAGUUUAGUAGGAAGGGCCUUCGUGUACCUCAGCAACCUGCUCUACCCUGUGCCCCUGGUCCACCGAGUGGCUAUCGUAAGCGAGAAGGGAGAAGUGAAGGGCUUCCUGCGUGUGGCUGUCCAAGCCAUCUCAGCGGAUGAAGAAGCCCCCGACUACGGCUCCGGCGUUCGGCAGUCAGGAACAGCCAAGAUCUCCUUUGAUGACCAGCAUUUCGAAAAGUUCCAGUCUGAGUCCUGCCCAGUGGUGGGGAUGUCUCGGUCUGGCACCUCACAGGAAGAGCUGCGAAUUGUUGAAGGUCAGGGGCAGGUCACUGACAUUGGACCCUCUGCUGACGAAGUUAACAAUAACACCUGUGCAGUGACCCCUGAAGACCUUCUCCUGGACAGUCCAGAGAAAAGUGUCAUGGACGGCCCACUGGAAUCCGCCCUGGACCAUUUGAAGCUGGGCAGUAUCUUCACCUUCCGGGUGACAGUGCUUCAAGCAUCCAGUAUCUCUGCUGAGUACGCCGAUAUCUUCUGCCAAUUCAACUUCAUCCACCGUCACGAUGAAGCCUUUUCCACGGAGCCACUGAAGAAUACAGGACGAGGGCCACCUCUUGGCUUCUACCAUGUCCAGAAUAUUGCAGUUGAGGUGACCAAGUCCUUUGUCGAGUACAUCAAGAGUCAGCCGAUUGUGUUUGAGGUCUUCGGCCACUACCAGCAGCAUCCUUUCCCACCUCUGUGCAAGGAUGUUCUCAGUCCUCUACGACCAUCAAGACGCCAUUUCCCUCGGGUCAUGCCACUCUCCAAACCAGUGCCUGCUACCAAGCUAAGCACCCUCAACCGUCCCACUGCUGGACCCUGCCACUGCAAAUAUGACCUGCUGGUAUACUUCGAAAUCUGUGAGCUGGAAGCUAAUGGCGACUAUAUUCCAGCUGUUGUGGACCACCGUGGAGGGAUGCCAUGCCUUGGAACCUUCUUACUCCAUCAGGGUAUUCAGAGAAGGAUCACUGUGACCCUGGUGCAUGAAACCGGCAGCCACAUCCGCUGGAAAGAAGUGCGGGAGUUAGUUGUGGGUCGGAUCCGGAACACUCCAGAAACAGAUGAAUCUCUCAUUGAUCCCAAUAUCCUCUCGCUCAACAUCCUUUCGUCCGGCUAUGUCCAGCCUUCUCAGGACGAUCGGCAGUUUCUUGAUGCGGACAUGCCUAGGACCUUCUACCAGUUUGAAGCAGCUUGGGACAGCUCAAUGCACAACUCCCUCCUGCUGAAUCGGGUCACCCCUUACCGUGAGAAGAUCUACAUGACACUCUCUGCUUAUAUCGAGAUGGAGAAUUGCACCCAACCUGCUGUGAUCACCAAAGACUUCUGUAUGGUGUUCUACUCCCGGGAUGCUAAACUCCCCGCAUCUCGUUCCAUCCGCAAUCUUUUUGGCAGCGGGAGCCUGCGAGCCUCUGAGAGCAACCGGGUGACAGGAGUGUAUGAGCUUAGCCUGUGCCGUGUGGCCGAUGCUGGAAGCCCAGGAAUGCAGAGAAGACGCCGGCGUGUCCUGGACACAUCUGUUGCCUAUGUCCGUGGGGAGGAGAACUUGGCUGGUUGGAGGCCCCGCAGCGACAGCCUCAUCCUGGACCAUCAGUGGGAGCUUGAGAAGCUGAGUCUACUUCAAGAGGUUGAAAAAACAAGACAUUAUCUCCUCCUACGUGAAAAGCUGGAGACGACUCAGAGAUCAGGCCUGGAUACCUUGUCCCCCUGCUCCAGUGAAGAUUCGGAGUCCCAUAGCACUUCCUGUGUCUCCUCUCCACUCUCAGAUGGCGGCACCUCUGAGAGUCGCGCUACAACCCUAGAUAUUCCCAGUGAGCGGCAGAAGGAGCUGGCAGCCAAGUGCCUCCGUCUCCUCACGCACACCUUCAACAGAGAGUACACUCACAACCACGUUUGCGUCAGCGCCAGCGAGAGCAAGUUGUCAGAGAUGUCAGUGACUUUGCUGCGGGAUCCUUCCAUGUCCCCUCUCAGCGCAGCUACUCUCACUCCAUCCUCCACCUGCCCAUCCCUGGUUGAAGGACGAUACAACGCGACAGACCUGAGGAACCCCCCACCCUGCUCCCGACCAGCCAGCCCUGAGCUGGAACCAGUACUGGAGGGGGACCAGAAGAAAUCCCCUUCUCCUACCAGUGGGCCAGAAGCAGAGAAAGAGCCCCAGCGUUUGUUGGUGCCUGAUAUACAAGAGAUCCGGGUCAGUCCCAUCGUCUCCAAGAAGGGUUACCUGCACUUUCUGGAACCCAAGACGACAGGCUGGGCCAAGCGCUUUGUAGUGGUGAGGCGCCCCUAUGCUUACAUGUACAACAGUGACAAGGACUCUGUCGAGAGGUUCAUUCUCAACCUCUCCACUGCCCAGGUGGAGUACAGCGAGGACCAGCAGGCCAUGCUCAAGACUCCCAACACAUUUGCUGUCUGCACUGAGCAUCGAGGCAUCCUUUUGCAGGCAAACAGUGACAAGGACAUGCAUGACUGGCUGUAUGCAUUCAACCCUCUCUUGGCUGGAACCAUACGAUCCAAACUGUCGAGAAGGAGAACAGCCCAGAUGAGAAUCUAAUGCAACCAUCCUCCACUAAGCCGUCUCUUUGCCAACUGCAUCGGGUCCAGUAGGAGGGUCCUUCCCAACCUUCUGCCCUCCCCACCCCCUCAUCCCUAACCUUGGCUCUGUCUUGUCACUGACAGUCCCAAUCACCUGCUCUUCCGCCAGCCCACCAACAGUUUUCACCUUUGUCCAGGAAAACCCUUUCUCGUGGCAGCCCCUAAGCUGCCGCAGCCUGGCCCGACCAUUGUCUUGUGCACACGAUUUUCCACUUCUUCCUUGUGGCCCCACUGUCCCCACGACCUACCCUGCUCCUUAGCAGAAGCUAUCAUUGUUUUACUCCUAGGUUGAGCAAGCUCUUGGUAGAAAGAGACGGGGCAUGUUCAAAGGCCACAAGUCAGGCGCUUCUGCUGCCUAUCAGAGUUCUUUAAAAGAUGGAUGGUUUCAUUAUUAAAAUACCAUAAAUCGACAAGGUUUUAAAAUUUGGCUCCGCCAAUCAUGAUAAGCCCUGUUAUAUUUAUGAAGCAUUCAUUUCUCAUGCCUUCCCUGAGGGUCACUUGAGUUGGGCAGCGGACCUCACUGAGGCAGGUCAGGGCUAAGGAGAGAGAGCUCUGGGAAGUGAACAACCAUCAGAGAGCAUCCUUUUCACUCUCUUUUCAAAAACCCUUGACCCUAUAGAGUUCAGAGGAAUCCCAGCUGAGCUGGGUGUGUAGGCAGACACUGGGGCUGGCUAGGGGGCCGGCAACAACGGACAUGCUCAGCAGGCCAGUUGACAUACUGGACACUUACUUGUUCACCCUCUCCAGCAUCUUUCCCUUCCUCUCUCUCCCCAGAGCCUAACCCAAACCAAAGUACAGAGAAGGCUGGAACAUUCUGCCUACAUGCCCAGCACCAUGAGACCCCUGAUCAGCAUACAAACUUCCCCAUGCUCCCGUACCUGAGUCACUGCUCAGAGACACAGCACUUUUUCCCAUGGUUUUGCCUUUCCCUUGUAUGUGGGUUUAUGUGCGUGCCCUGCAUGACUGGUUUGGGGGCCACGAAGAGGGAAAGGGAACCCCUUUCAUUACAGUUGUUCCUCACCUGGGAAAUAUGAAUCCAUACUCUUCGUCACUAUUUCUGCCCCAGGAGAGAUGGCUAGAUAGCAGUGUGCCUUGCACAUGGUAGGUGCUCCAUAAAUGUUUGUUGAAUUGACAUUUCUAAGUACGAAGCCAUAAUGGCAGAGAAAUGGGGAUGAACGAUGAUAUGGAAAGAGAGUCCCAGAAUGAGGCAGCCAGUUCCACAAGUAGCACCCAGUAGGCAAUAGUGGAGAAAAGGCCCAGCUGCCACCUUUAGGCUACCCUACCCACUGUUCAAAUAAGAAAUCAGUCUCAUGCAGCCACACAGGCUUACACUCUCUGCGCCCUGUGUUAUCAAGAAGAAUCAACCCUUGACCAUUCUCCACCUCCCCCCAGUUCGAGAUUUAUGGACCUUAGAGACCCUUGUAAAGAGACUACACAGUAGAAAGAAGAUGGUGGGGAAGGACCCAGCAAUACUGAUAGUGGAAUCAUAGUGAGCCGGUGCCCGUCCUUUCUGUGUCUGCUCUUUGUUGAUCAAUAGGAUUCCAAUCUGAGGUCAUUUGGAUAGUCUAAAACAAGGAAGCGUACCAGGGUUCAGAUGCUACCAUUCAAGGCAGAGGGUCAAGGGCCCUUGCAGAAUCAUGGCUACCUUUAAAACUAAGUCAGCGAGUCCCCCUAAAUUCUCUAGAUGCUCAGCCCAUGGAUUCAGCGUUGUUGUCGUGAAGCACAGGGCUCAAUCUUGCUACCUAUUUUGAACAGGGUUUUUAUCCUUUUCCCAUCUGGCGAGAAGGUUGUGUGAAUUCAAUGAAAGAAUGACUGGUUGAUGAGCAAGGGUGGGGGGUGGGGGGGGCAUCUUGUUUGCCAGAGAUUGAUUGUUAUUUUUAUAUGUGAAGUUUCCUUUUGUUCUCUGCUCCUGGUAACAUGAAUUUUAAUCCCUUGCUCCUAUGAAUCCCCAACUAGUUUAUCUGGCCCAAAGAGUCUGGCUAGCCAAAGAACCCCAGAAUUCCAUGGCUAGCCAAGCCAUGGUGACCGAACAAGAAGUUCCCUUGUAAUCAGCUUCCUUAUCAGUGACACCCUUAAAGUUCAGGCUCUGCUUGACAGAUGGUCACGUUUCAAACCUAUGCACCAAGUUAAGAUUUCAGACUAUUGUUUGGUACUUCUCUUGGUAUGCUCCCCAUUGAGGGAGUUUUAACUAGACCCUUCUACCCAGUCACCUUUUAGAACAGCAGCUGCCCAGAGAGGUAUCUCUCUGGCCUUUAGCAGAGUACCCACAGGACUCGACCAGAUCACAGCUCACCUCCCUCUGCACACCCUGGCUCCCCUUGCUUCUCACUGCUCUUUGUUGUCCUCUUGGUUGCAAGGGGUAUAGCAUGACUCACAGACUGAGCUAACUAUACAUUUUUCUUUGGAAGAGGGAGAAGACAGCCCAUGGAAACCUAGAAAGCCAAGCUCCAGAAAUGUCAGCAGGCUCACUCAAAGUUCUGGAUGCCUUUCCUUCCAGCCACCCUUUUGCCAUAUUUGUUCAUUCCCAGGGCCAAGAUUUCAAAGUCAUGCCCAGCUCCGCCCCACUUCUCACAGUAAUGAGAUAUUGUGAUAACUCAGAAAUUCCAGAGUGGAUGGUUUCUUGGUUGAUUCCUUCCAUGCCCCUUUUCUUUCCUUUAUAAUUGUUCUUAGGACAAAUAUGCAGGCCAAGGCAUCAUUCUAUUUCAAUGAGACUUUGUUCUGUCUCACAAGCCCCAAGUCAAAGUGGGUAGUGUCCCAUUUCCCAUCUGGCUAGUUCUGGUUCUUCUUUGUGGUCUUCCUCACCCAUGCCCACACCCACACCCACACCCCUGUUUUUGUCCUACUAUGGUCACCAUCCAUGGCCAAAUCUACAAGUUAACAACCAUUUAAACCGCCCACCUUCUAAGCAGAAUUGUUAAAGGUGUCCUUUGUCUUUUUACAUGAAGCUAUAAGAAAGGGGUUUUAAAAUUUUUGUUCUACCUCCAAAAACACACAGGAUGCCUCUUGGCCUUCUAGCAUAGUGUGAUUAAGGGAAAACUCUAUUUCCAAGACUUUCCCUUUGAAAAAUUAUUCCAUUCCCCCAAUGUCUUUCAUAAAAGACUGUCAGAUACAGGAAAGAGGAUCCAAGUCCUUUCAAGACUCCAAAUUUUAAGCAAACAUCAGCCCCUAAAAAGACAAUUUGAGAGAACUGUGACCAAGACCUUUAUUUAUUUCAUGACAACCUGAUCAGUGCAACAGAAAAUUUACCACAUACAAAAAGGUGAACGAAUCCCUAGUCUCAAGAAGAUACCCAAAAAGCUGGAUAUUUACCCCCUUGCUAGCACGGGCCACAUUUCAUAUCGCCAUGAUGCUAGCCCUGGAGCUCAAUGCUUCCUUUGGAAAUCGAGACUUCUUCAUUCUGAAUUGGAAUUAAGGGUCUUUUGUAAAAUGCUGUUUGCAUCUGUCUCCAUUCAAACCUAAUUAAAAGAUUUCCCCCAGAUGAAAUUAGUACGAUGUUCUGGCUGGGUGGCCAGACAUUGGCCCACGUCUUCUGCAAGUGCCUAUUGUUGUUUUGCAGACUAUACCAGGAAAGGUGGGAAAGAAUGACUAAAGAUGAGCCCCAGUAGAAAAGAUUCUCCAUUAGCAGAAGGUGACAGACAGCCAAGAAAGCUGGUAAGGACCAUGUUGUCAGGUCAGCCAUCCUGAAGAGCACAGCCUGGGAAUGACCUUCCUCCUCUCUCCUAGUUGGUUAAGGACACCUGUGCCUGAGGCCAGCCAACCUGCAGAGCACAGUGUUUGCUGCUUGGGGGAGGAUAGUUGGGGGACAGCAUGAGGGGAACCAGAAAAGAAAUGCAAUGAACUCUUGUGAGAUUGGUGUGAAUUUCUUACAAAAUGUCAAAAGAUCUGAAAUCCAGCAGUUAGGUAGACCUCUAUGUAGGACAAUUCCUUCCAUGGUCUGAUCCCAGCUCAGGAAUGACUAGGAUUCUGAAACUCAUCUGCCUUGGUGUCUCCCACAACAUUUCCCCCAACUGCAGAAUCACAAUCCUGGUACUAUUAUUGUUAAGGUCCAGGAAUUAAGUUGCCAGGAAGAUUUUUUUCUUUAGAUAGUAGCAAAGAAAGCCUAGCUCUUGUUGAAGAAAUGACAAGGAAGAACUUACAGAUCAUAAACAUGAGACAAAUUUUAAACUGUUUUAACAGUGCAUACAAUCUAGUAGCAAUCUAUUUGCAAGGACAACCCUUCAGUACCACAAAAGAUUUUAAAUGAGAAUUAAUGAUUAAUUCUCUAGCACCUCUCACCACAGAGGGUCAAGGCAAGUCUAACCCAACCUCAUGUAGCCAUGAGAGAGGCCUGAUCUGUGGGAAAAAAUGACCAUUUUUUGCAAAAGAGUAACAAUGUUUCCUUGAGAUGACCAUGACCACAAAAGAAAAUUCUUUCACACAAAUUGGCUAUGACUUUAGACCAGAUUGAGACCAAAUAGGAUCCCAUGGGAGAUGAACUAUAGCAAACAUUCUUUGGUGUCUUCCCACUGUUUGUCUGACUGGUCUCUAGGACCUUGCAUGAGAUGUCUGUCAAUAGCUCAUUGAUGCCAAGCUCUUCGAAGGAAGAGCCCACCGCCCUGUAGUGAUGUUUUUGGUAAAGACCCAACUGCUAGAACCAUUACCCAGGUGCUUACACAACAGAUGAAAUGAGAAUUCUGCAGGGCUACCCCGUCCUGCAACAAGGGGUUGAGAAGCCCUCAGAGGCCCUCCUGACCUGUCCUAAUGACUGCCACGUUGAAGACUAGGCUGUUAGCAAGCCAAGAGAAAGCAAUGGUCAACCUUGUACUCCUGCACUCUCUCUCAAUCUGUGUACUGCCAAGCUAGGGAAGGUCACCGUCUUUCUUCAGGAGGUGUCAUUGGCUGAGGCUUUACUGUAAAAAUGAAGGGAGGUGUGGUUCCUUUGGAUUUUUUUUGCCUGUGCUUCCAUGAAUUAGUUUGUCCACAUGAGUUCUUCCUGUGAUGCCAUCCCCCAAGCGCUGGGAGACCAUUUCUCUUGCUUUGUAUAUAUGUGAUUGCUGUGGGCACCACUGUAUAAUAACAACAAUACUCAAGUAAUGAGUCUAGUUUUAUUGAUGUCUUAAACUAUGAGUGUUGGAAUAUAGGGUCUUAAACUGUUUAUGUACACUCAAGGCAUUGUUCAGUUAAGAAAUAAAUGUGGCAUUUAUGCAAAUAC